UUACAGCAGUGCUGUAUACAGCAGUGUACAGAGGAACUGGCCGUGAGGACUCCGUAGACGCGGCUAUUCAUACUGUGUUUAAUACUUUUUUCUAGGAUUCGUUUUAUUGUACAGUUAUUUGAUGAAAUUUUAAAAAAUUUAUCUGCGAAAUGAAUUACCACAUGCUGUAUAAAGUGAUUCCUCUUCUUAUUCUAACAGGCUGUGUCCAAUGCUCAGAAGAUGAGACUCGGCUGGUCAAUGACCUGUUCGCGAACUACGACAAAGUUGUGCGUCCUGUCAGUCACUAUAAGGAUGCAGUAAUAGUUACUGUGGGCCUGCAGCUCAUCCAACUCAUCAGUGUGGAUGAAGUCAACCAGAUUGUUACCAGUAACGUGCGGCUGAAACAGAAAUGGGAAGAUGUGAAUUUGCGUUGGAAUCCAACUGAUUAUGGUGGAAUUAAAAAGAUCAGAGUGCCCUCCACUGACAUUUGGUAUCCAGACUUUGUUCUCUAUAACAAUGCUGAUGGUGACUUUGCCAUUGUACACAAGACCAAAGUUCUGCUGGAGCACACGGGCAUGAUCACAUGGAACCCGCCCGCCAUCUUUAAGAGCUACUGCGAGAUCAUCGUGCAGUAUUUCCCCUUUGACGUGCAGAACUGCUCUAUGAAAUUGGGAACCUGGACAUAUGAUGGCAACUUGGUUGUCAUUGAACCGGAUGGUGAACGGCCUGACCUGAGUAACUUCAUGGAGAGCGGCGAGUGGAUAAUGAAGGACUACCGCGGCUGGAAGCACUGGGUGUUCUAUGGCUGCUGCCCUGACACGCCGUACCUGGACAUCACCUACCACUUCCUCCUGCUCCGCCUGCCUCUCUACUUCAUCGUCAAUGUCAUCAUCCCCUGCAUGCUUUUCUCCUUCCUCACUGGCUUGGUCUUCUACCUACCCACAGACUCUGGAGAGAAGAUGACUCUCAGCAUCUCGGUUCUGCUCUCCCUGACUGUGUUCCUGCUGGUCAUUGUGGAGCUCAUCCCCUCCACCUCAAGCGCAGUGCCACUCAUUGGGAAGUACAUGCUUUUCACCAUGGUCUUUGUCAUCGCCGCCAUCAUCAUAACUGUCGUCAUCAUCAACACCCAUCACCGCUCCCCGAGCACACACACCAUGCCACAGUGGGUACGCAAGAUUUUCAUCGACACCAUUCCCAAUAUGAUGUUCUUCUCAAAUAUGAAAAGGCCUUCCAAGGAGCAACAGAAGAAUAUCUACUCUGCUGACUUUGACAUCUCAGACAUUUCAGGCAAACCCACCCCAGCCACCUUCCACCCCCCCAUCACCAAGAAUGCCGAUGUCCGCAGUGCCAUCGAAGGUGUCAAGUACAUUGCCGAAACCAUGAAGUCCGAUGAGGAGUCCAACAAUGCUGCAGAGGAGUGGAAAUUUGUUGCCAUGGUGUUGGAUCACAUUCUGCUGUGCGUCUUCAUGGCUGUUUGCAUCAUCGGCACACUGGGUGUGUUUGCUGGCCGCCUCAUUGAACUCAACUUGCAGGGCUAGAGUCUCCAGGGACACACAAUCAUACAGGAGUCUGCUGGAAUCUCCAUGUUUACUCUUGUCUGAUAUCAACCUAUACCCAUGGACAUGCCACCUCAUAACUGGACUCAUCAAAGCGAAGCUGUGUUUUCAGUUAUCAAGAUAUGCAGUUAAUGUUUUCAUUGGCAAUUCUAAAGGAAGGUAGUGUGUAAGCCAGAGGAAUAAUUAACUAUAAAUGAGGGUAGAGGUUUGCAUGCACUUUUCAGUGACUAAACAGGCUAAUAGGGAUAAUGUGGAAUCUCUCUGGUGUUCUCAUUUGUCCACAUACAGAAGCCAAGGCAUAAUUGUCUCUAUGCAAGGAAAAGUAAAGGAAAAAGUUUGUGUAUUUUUGAAGGAAUAAUGUUGAGGUAGAGAGUGUAGAUACAGACAUAAACUGAAUCCAGGCAAGGCUUAGCCUUUGUUUUGUUUAGUGUUGGUUUUUUUUACUCACUAAAUGUAAGUAUUGCAGACUGUAAUAAGUACUGGUUGAAUUAGAGGGCAUUCAUUUUAAGUCGAAUUAGCGCCGAAUAGGCUACAGCCAAAUAUGUUUCAUACUUUGUUUUGCGUGAACAAGCGAUUAAUAAAAUAUUGAAGUAGUAGACACGGUUAA